AUGGGCGAUGAUCUGCCAGGUUUCAGGGUUUGCAAGGCUAUCGGGGAUAAAUUGAUAGAUUGGGUAACCAGGGGUCACGGCUGGGUCACAUUUCAUAUGGCUCAGCUAAUUACCGAUCAUGGUUGCCUGAAUAGUUAUCUAUACAGAAUAAACAGGGUGGAUGGGGCAAUGUGUUCCCACUGUUUCUGGGGGAAUGACGACGCCCAGCACACCCUACAAUUUUGCGAGGCUUGGGAAAAUGAGAGGAAUGACCUGAAGAGAUCAAUCGGGAAUGAUCUUAGUUUAAGAAAUAUUAUAAGUGCUAUUUUAGAUGAUAAUGAAAAAUGGAAGGCCUUUGCCAAAUUUUGCACAGUAGUUAUGUCUAAGAAAGAAAAAGCGGAACGUGAAAGACAGCUGUUGGACCGUCGGCAGAGAAUUGGGUAUCCCGACAAUGAUCUCUCGGACUGA